AUGCACUGCAGUGCAGUGAUCACUAAGCAGACUUUACAAUUUCCGAGCAUUUUAUUCCAUGUGUUGAACGAUGUACUUGGGGAGUAUCUGUACCAGCAGUCAUCAUAUGGCUACGAGACAUCCUUCAAUGAGUCUUCACAGCAUAACUAUGAAGUAGGUAACAAUUGUUUGUAUGUUCAAUAUCAGCAGGGUCAAAGCCAAAAGUAUGUGUCUUACUGCUCCCCCCAGGGAGGACCAGGAGCACAGGCAAUGAGGCCCUUCACCUAUGAACGGGUAAAAAAGGUUUAA